AUACAAGUCUUCAAUUAUACCAACUCAAUUUUCAUUCAGCGGUCCUGUCGACACAUUUAUAUGGUUGAAUCUAUCUCAUUAUAUAUUGGAAACAAUUCAAGUCAGCACAUCAUAUCCAGGUACCUUGCGGGUACAAACCGAGCUUCCGCGUCAGCACAAUGCCACCACGAUUGAGCAGUCGCUUAGUCUCUCCAACCAUUCGCUUUUUCCGUCUGUAUUCUAGCGACGCCGGUCCAUUAAUCAGAAUUACGAACCUUCCAACUUCUAACACCGGCCAUAUUCGCAUCCUCGAGCUCAAUCGGCCAUCAGCACGCAACGCCAUAUCGAAAGCUCUCCUAGCCUCCUUACGAGCCGAAGUCGAAGAUAUCCAAUCGCAGUACACACUAGAAGGCAAUGAGAUACCGCCUGUACCACGAUUCGGAGGAGCCGCGGGCAUAGAUGAGAAAGGACCAACUCGGGCCUUGAUAUUAGCCAGCGCCGUCGACGCGAGCUUCUGCGCUGGCGCAGACCUGAAAGAAAGGCGCGGCUUUACAGAACAAGAGACGCAACAAUUCCUCUCCAACCUCCGCGGCACGUUUACAUCCCUCUCCGCCCUCCCUAUCCCCACCAUUUCCGCCAUAUCAUCUCUCGCCCUGGGCGGGGGCCUCGAGCUCGCGCUAUGCACGCACUUCCGCGUCCUGGCCUCCACCGCCAUUGUCGGGCUGCCCGAAACCCGGCUCGGCAUCAUCCCCGGCGCCGGCGGCACCUACCGGCUCCCCGCGCUCAUCGGCCUGCCUCGCGCGCGCGACCUCAUCCUCACCGGACGCCGCGUCUCCGCCCCGGAGGCGUAUUUCCUGGGGCUCGCCGACCGGUUGGUGGAGGUGCUGCCCGAGGACGAGCGGGACGGCGUCGCGCAGGAGAACGGUGCGAGGGGAGGGGGGAGGGGAGAGGAGGGGCUGCCGGCGCGCGCGAGGAACGCGGCGCUGAUGGAGGCCGUGAGGCUGGCGAGCGAGAUUUGCGAGGGCGGACCCGUGGCCGUAAGGGCUGCGCUGGAGGCGGUUAGCUGGGCGAGGGAGGAGGUGGAGAAUGCGGCGUACGAGAAGGUGGUUAAGACCGAGGAUAGGGAUGAGGCGCUCGAGGCGUUUAAGGAGAAGAGGAAGCCGAUUUUUAAGGGGCGGUGAGUGAAUCAAUGGUGUUGAGACCUUUGGGACGUUUGUCAUAUGAUAAUGUUGUCAGAGCUGGAUUUGGACGCAUAGGCCAUAUUUGCUAGGUUUUGAUGUCAUCUGUGCCAAUUGGCAUAUGACGUAUAUACCGCUUUCUAGCUCAUGGUGCGAUGUCUAGGCCUUUGGUGCAUGAGAUAUUUCGACACUAAGGCCUGGUAAAACAUUAUGAGGGAUGUCUGAGUUAUCUCAAAUUACUACGACGAUGCUGGUGAAUAAAGCUCAAUGCACAAUCAUUGGUAUUGAAGCUGCUUUUUAUGCGUUUGUGCGGAUCGUCACUUCACCGCUGCCUGCUUCAGCC